GCACCUAAACUCACUGGACUCCUAAAUCCUAAUCUCAAACAACAAUGGAGUACAGACUCUGAAGAAUACUCGAAAGACUCGAGAAAUUGCAGAAAAUUCAAUGGAUAGAUCAGUGAGAGAUAGUUAGCUAAAAUACAUAUUUCUGCGAGAAAAAAAUUAGAAAAAUUUUAUCAAAAAAUCGGGAAUCAUGCCGAUGUUUAAAACCCCAUUUAACGGAUACUCAGUGAAAUUCAGUCCAUUCUAUGAACACAGAUUAGCAGUAGCCACAUCACAAAACUUCGGCAUACUCGGUAAUGGAAGAAUUCAUGUUCUUGAUAUAAAUCCAUCCGGAGGUCCAAUGGCAGAGAUAUCAUCAUUCGAAACAGCCGAUGGUGUUUACGAUGUUACAUGGUCUGAAGAGAAUGAAAAUCUACUCGUUGCUGCAAUCGCCGAUGGUUCUGUGAAAUUAUACGAUUUAGCUUUACCACCAGCAGGUAAUCCAAUUCGAUCAUUAUCUGAACAUACUCGUGAAGUUCAUUCUGUUGAUUGGAAUCCAGUUCGUCGCGAUUCGUUUAUUACGAGUUCCUGGGACGAUACGAUUAAAUUAUGGACUGUUGAUCGUCCGACGAGUGUGAGGACGUUUAAAGAACAUGCUUAUUGUGUUUAUCAAUCUGUGUGGAACCCUAGACAUGCUGAUAUAUUUUGUUCUGCUUCCGGGGAUUGUACUGUUAGGGUUUGGGAUGUGAGGGAGCCUGUUUCGACUAUGAUACUGCCUGCUCAUGAAUUUGAGGUUUUGUCUUGUGACUGGAAUAAGUAUGAUGAUUGUUUGAUAGUUACGGCUUCGGUUGAUAAGUCGAUUAAAGUUUGGGAUGUGAGGAAUUUUAGGGUUCCGAUUACUGUGUUGAAUGGGCAUAGUUAUGCGGUUAGGAAAGUUAAAUUCUCGCCCCAUAGGCAGAGUUUGAUCGCCUCGUGUUCGUAUGAUAUGACGGUUUGUUUGUGGGAUUAUCAAGUUGAAGAUUCGCUUGUUGGGAGAUAUGAUCAUCAUACUGAAUUUGCCGUUGGUGUUGAUAUGAGUGUGCUUGUCGAAGGUUUACUUGCUAGUACCGGUUGGGACGAGAUGGUUUAUGUAUGGCCGCAUGGGACUGAUCCAAGAGCACCGUGAAGAAAUUUUCACAGUACAAGGAGAAAUGGGGCAAAUGUAUCUGGUAUGUUUUUCUUUUCUUUUUGUGUUUGUGUUUGUGAAAGUAUGAAUAAAUGACUAAAUCUAAUUAGAUGAGAAAGAUAAACCCUUAAUAAGACUGGGAUUUUGUAAUUCUUAUUUUUCCUAAUGGGGUUUACUUCAGUUUAGUGUGUGUA